AUGCAUGAAAUUGUUACACUCCAGCUGGGUCAGCGGGCGAACUACUUAGCGACCCAUUUCUGGAAUCUCCAGGAAUCUUAUUUCACGUACAAUGAAGGCGAAGAAUCCCCUGUGGACCAUGACGUUCAUUUUCGCCCAGGACUCGGGGCUGAUGGGUCGGAGACUUACACUCCACGAACCGUCAUCUACGACUUGAAAGGUGGAUUUGGAACCUUGCGCAAGCAUAAUGCGCUGUACGAGCUCACGGAAGACUCUAUAGCAGGGCAGGGAUUGUGGGAUGGUCUGGAGAUUGUACAGAAACAAGCACCUAUCGUGCAAAGCGAGUAUCAAAAAAGCUUGGAUUUGGGCACCACCGCCCCCCGUCUGACAUCAGAAACGGUGCGAUACUGGUCUGACUACAACCGGGUCUUUUAUCACCCACGAUCUAUAGUUCAGCUUAAUGAAUAUGAGUUGAACUCUCAAGUCAUGCCUUUUGAGGAUUGGAACGUUGGUGAAGACCUGUUCAACGACCUCGACAAGGAACAUGAUCUCCUGGAUCGGGACGUCAGACCCUUUGCCGAAGAAUGUGACCAAAUGAGAGCAAUUCAACUGUUCGCAGGAUCUGAUGAUGCAUGGGGUGGAUUCGCUGCUCGGUACAUCGAUAGGCUACGAGACGAGUAUGGGAAGAAGAGCAUCUGGAUUUGGGCUAUUGAAAAUGGAACGAGAGUGCAGCGACACCAUCAAUUCAAGAGGGACACAAAUAAGGCGAAGUCGCUAUACUCGAUCUCACCUCAGACAAACCUCUAUGUGCCACUCGUCGAUAUCCCACAGAAAUUGCCAAGCUACCUGAGUAUAGACCGUCAUUCCGAAUGGCAAAGGUCUGCUCUAUUGAGCGCCGCAGUGGAAACAGUAACAUUGCCAUCCCGACUGCGGCCAUACCAUGACUUCGAGGCCUCCCUGGCCGGAGAUGACGGGAGACACAAUAUUUACGAGCUGCAAUCAACCCUCAAUCCCGAGGAGCGAAACGAGACUACCCCAAAAUCCGAUGAGGAAGGCUCGUCGAAACCUCAAACUAAGUUUGAUAUUGACUUCACCUAUGACAACCAAGACACCGAGACUGCAACUAUUUUCAACCAAGUUCAGGUGAUGCGAGGCAGCGAAAGCAAGACAUCCAUCCAACCACCCGAAAGUGGUGACAUUGGUCAUCUUCGCAAGCUUCGACUGUAUAAUUCAGAGCCAAUGCUCCAAAGUUACUACAGCCCACUUCGUCUGCCCAUUCUCGACAGUUUCCCGCACGGCAUGUUUUCCGCGUCUCCGUCUAGUGCUGAUGGGUUAAGUGUUUUUACCGCAUUGACCGCUUCGACUCGAACAGCCGACCGGAUCAAGGCUAUUCAGGCCACCGCUGCACGGAUGCUAUCGGUAGAUGAGCGAGAGGCGAUGGUCAACGGACUGGGCGAGAUCCGGGAAUGCUAUGAGAUGGGAUGGAACAGUGGAUCGUCCGAUGACGACGAUGAUUAG